AACAAACCUAGAUUAGAUUUUCUGUCUUUUUGAUUUUAUUAGCCAAAAAAAUCUUGAUAUACAUGUGAAAGCAUUCGAUUUGCGAUUAUUUCCGAUACGUCAAAAAAUCCAGAGUAAAGAAGAAAUUAUGUCGACAAUUAGUACGUGUAAAACAAAAAAUUUUAAUCAAAAAUAUUUUGUUAUUUGGUUCAAUAUUAAAUUUUAUGGUGAUGAUGAUGAUGAUGAUAAUCAUCACCAACGGCGCCAUCGAAAUAACGAUGAUGAUCGUCGUCGAAAAUUGGGCGUAUUAUGGAUUCAAUCAUGGCGUCACCGAUAUUUGAAAAUUGGUUUUGUUCAAUCCAAUAGUAUCGGAGCUAGAAUCGGCCUUAAACAUGGUGAUCGUCUUGGCUAUUGGAAUGGAACCGUAGCGCCAAAAAUUAAAGAUAUUGAAAAAUUUUUCUCGAAAUCAUCAUCAACGACAACAGAAGAUUUUACAUGUACAUUACGGUUAGGGAUCCUACGUAAACAUGAUCCAAUUAUGGCUAAUUUAUUACAACUUAAAUCUGAUUUAAAUUGUUCUCAACAUCUGAUUGCUGAUAAUGAUGAUAAUGAGAAGGUUAAUUGUGAUGACGUAAAUGAUGACCAUGUCAAACACUUCAAUCAAAAGGAUGAUAAUAAUCAAAAAGAUUUACGAUAUUUUUUUGUUGCACAAAGUUGUUAUGAAAAUUUAAAGGAACCAGAAUUAUAUGAUGAUGGCAAAUCAACAUCGAUAAACAACAAUUUGAACAAUAACUGUUCAAAUUGUUAUUCAAUCAAUUCAUUGAUAAUUAGUUUCAGUCCAACACAACAAUCAACACCAAUUAUUGAUCGAAUCGAUUGUAGCCAAAAUGAUCUUCAAGAAGCUGGUUCAACAUUCAUAAAAAAUAAAGAAAAUCAUCAACCAAUUUUUAUUGAUAAAAAAUCAAAUGUUGGAACAUUGAAUGAAACCUAUACUAAGAAUGGAAAAUGUGAACAAAAGAAAUGUCCAGAAUUAGAAAAAAUGCUCAAAACAUAUGAAUUGGUAUCAUAUGAGAAAAAACUUUACCAUAAAUAUCCGGAUACAAUGAUUAAACCGAAAAUUGAUAAACAUAUCAAAUCACAACGUGCAUUACGCAAUGUACAGAAUCAAAAUUGAAUGGAAUUUUCAUUUCAAAUUUUUUACAAUUUGUUUUUUUAAAAAGUUUUAUUUGUUAUUAUAAUCCAAUCCAAUAAAUUGAUGUUUUUAAAUAAUCCUACGUUCAUAAAGUACGUUUUGUUUGUAUAAUUUUGUAUGACGCAAUGAGUUUUGUUUUGAUUUUUUAUUACGUCAAAACACUGAGUGAUUUGAUCGAUUCAACAAGUUUCAGGCAAUUCAUUCGUUUGUGUGUAGAGCCAUUAUCUUUGUUUGUGGUCAAGACGAAAUAAAACGCCCCAUACGUUUCAUCAAAUAUCGCAUACAGAAGAACAUUGAAAAAGGAUCACGAUCAUUCGAUUCGAUUUCGAUUGAUAGAUCACAUUCAAAAAUCCUUUGUUUGAAUUGUCAAAAAAUGAAUAAAAAUGUACACCAUUACAAGUACGCUAUAAAUUCGUAAAAGAACAAAUUUGAUGAUCAUGACCAAAUGAAGUGAAUGGAUAAAAAUAUUUUUUGCCACAUUCAAUCUAAUCAUCGUUAUCCAGCUUCCGUAUUCAGCUGUUGUUGACGCAACAGUUGUUUGUGUGCGUAUUUAUAUUUUUUUUUUGUGUAUGGAUAACCAAAAUUAUCAUCAUCAACUUUGAUAUUUGAGAUAAAUCUGCUAUUAUCACUUGACUUUGAUAAAUUUUUUUUUCUUCGUUCUUCAUUCAGUUUUAAUUCAGUUCAUGGGUUUUUUCACUGCUGAAAAUGCUGCCAAUUUCUAGAAGCAUCCUCAUCCAUCAUAGAAAUAUCGAAAAUAUUCAAUGACCACACAUAAUCAUUUUAAUCCCAAGUUCAACUAAACAAUAGUCAAAUUUUCAAUUAAAGUCCUCAUCAUUCGAAUUUGAUUUUUUCUGAGCAAAAGCAAAUGUGAAUUACAAAACACUCGAAAUUUAUUUUUAUGUUUUCAUUUCAUUAACCCUAUCAUCAUCACAAUUUGAUUCUGUUUAUUUCCUUGUAUGUGUUUGAAUAAUCAAAUCUUAAUAGCAUCAACUUCUUAGCAAAAAAAAUUCACAGUUCCUGAUUAUGGCAAUGAUCUUGAAUUUGUUUUGAAAUUUUCCAU